AAAAAUGACCAAAGAGGGGUUCGGAGCGGGUCUUCUGUAGUCGAUUCUGAAAAUCUUUCGAGCGAAUAGCCCUGUAUUCAACUACAGUACCCACACGUCACUGUCAGUCCUACUCGAGAGCGUUGGUUAGUCAGGGAUAUCACACCACUGUCUAUCUCACUCUCCCCCUGUAUCAACGCAUUGACAUAGCUAGUAGAAGACAAUAAAAAAUAAAACAUUUCAAGCCGAAGAUGGCAGAGCUUGGAGCGGGGAGCCUGCUGUUGGGGGAUCCUGCUUUUAAUUACCAAGAAGCCGAGCUAAAUGAACGAUUGAAGCGGCUCUACCCGGCCGUAAAUGAGGAUGAGACCCCCUUACCCCGAUCAUGGAGCCCCAAGGAUAAAUACAGCUACAUCGGGCUCUCACAGAACAAUCUGCGGGUGCAUUACAAAGGUCAUGGGAAGAAUCACAAGGAUGCCGCGUCUGUGCGUGCCACUCAUCCCAUACCAGCCGCCUGUGGGAUCUACUACUUUGAAGUGAAGAUUGUCAGCAAGGGCAGGGAUGGGUACAUGGGGAUUGGUCUGUCUGCCCAGGGAGUCAACAUGAACAGACUGCCUGGUUGGGACAAGCACUCGUAUGGUUACCACGGUGACGAUGGACACUCCUUCUGCUCUUCAGGGACUGGCCAACCAUAUGGCCCAACCUUCACCACUGGCGAUGUGAUUGGUUGCUGUGUGAACCUAAUUAACAACACCUGUUUCUACACCAAGAAUGGCAUCAGUCUAGGUGUAGCAUUUACAGACCUCCCUCCAAACCUGUACCCCACAGUGGGCCUGCAGACUCCUGGAGAGAUUGUGGAUGCUAACUUUGGCCAGCAGCCCUUUGUGUUUGACAUUGAGGACUAUAUGAGUGAAUGGAGGGCUAAGAUCCAUGGCAUGAUCGCCCGCUUCCCUAUCGGCGAGAGACUGGGGGAGUGGCAGGCAGUGCUGCAGAAUAUGGUAUCCACCUACCUGGUGCAUCAUGGGUACUGUGCUACGGCCACAGCCUUCGCCAGGGCCACAGAGACCUUGAUCCAGGAGGACCAGACCUCCAUAAAGAACCGGCAGAGAAUACAGAAGCUGGUAUUGGCAGGGCGUGUUGGAGAGGCCAUCGAAGCCACACAGCAGCUGUACCCUGGACUUCUAGAACACAACCCCAAUCUACUCUUCAUGUUGAAGUGUCGGCAGUUUGUGGAGAUGGUGAACGGUACAGACAGUGAGGUACGAUGCUUUAGUAUCCGCUCCCCCAAGUCCCAGGACAGCUACCCUGGCUCCCCCAGCCUGAGCCCCCGACAUGGAGCCACUAACCCCAAUCUGCACAGUGCAGGAGCAGACAGCCCCACAUGCAGUAACGGGGUCACCCCUCCCAACAAGAACAAGAGCCACAACAAGUAUCCAGGCGUCAGCUCUGCCUCCUCCUCCUCUUCUUCCUCCCCUUCCUCUGUCAAUUACUCUGAGUCCAACUCCACUGACUCCACCAAGUCCCAGCCUCACAGUGGCACCAGCAACCAGGAGGAGACCAGGUGUGUGGCAAGUGACAGUGAGAUGGAGAUCGAGGCUGAGCACUACACUAACGGGGUGGCAGAGAACCCCUCUGCUCGGAUCAUGAAUGGCACUUACAAGCACCAGGAAAUCCUGCAGGCUCAGGACAUCAGCCUGGGUAACGGAGUGGCAGAGGAUAGCUGUGCCUCCAGACAGCUGUGUGGAGGGAACCAAGCAGCCACAGAGAGGAUGAUCCAGUUUGGCCGUGAACUGCAGGGCCUCAACGAGCAGCUGUGCCGUGAAUACGGCAAGAACGUCACACACAAGAAGAUGCUGCAGGAUGCCUUCAGUUUAUUAGCAUAUUCGGAUCCCUGGAACUGCCCAGUGGGGCAACAGCUAGACCCAAUGCAGAGAGAGAAUAUCUGCUCUGCUCUUAACAGCGCCAUCUUGGAGUCUCAGAACUUGCCUAAGCAGCCCCCUCUGAUGCUUGCUCUGGGUCAGGCCACAGAGUGUGUCCAGCUCAUGGCCAGGGUCCGCUCAGGGUCCUGUUCCUUCGCCAGAGUAGACAACUUUUUGCACUAGCCCCAGUCCAGGCAAUGUUCAGGACUAAGAAGAGGUCUUUCCAAUGGGUUGCCAGAUGACUGAGGAAAGCAUGUGUUUGAAUUUGUGUGUCGCUUGCCAUUUGGCAGAAGCAGAUGGACAGGGGAAUGAGUAGAACAUGACAGGAAAGUUUAUUUUUAAUUUAGUAUUAUCAAAUACAAAAUGUGUGACUCUAUUUAAAGAAUUCAUUAUUAUUCUGUUUAUCUAGUCAUGUUCUAGGUUUUAUUUAGUCAGUUUGUUGUGCUCAUCUUGGAAGGAAAAAAAAUCUAAUUCCGUUUUUGUUUUUGAGUGGAUUUCAAUUCCCUACACAGUGUUUUAAAGAUGUUCAUCAUAUCAAAGAAGUUCAUGUUGGCAUGCUUUGUCGUUACCAAGCAAGAUACUCUGGUUUCUUUCAUUCAGAACUCAGGUAUUCACAGCACAUUUGUCAUUUCAGUUUGGGAUAUUGUAGACAGAGGUAGGUUUACCCAGCUGUUCAGUGGCUCCAAUUUAGGACCUUCAUUUUUUUGGUUCAAAUUCUUACUACUUAGUAUGACUUAACUCCAGAAGCUAAUUUAAUUUAAAGUUAAAGGUCUGAAUUGGCUUCUGAAAGUACACAUGGCUAUAAGCCACUAACCUGCUGGUCACCUCAGAGCCCCAUACAGCAGCAUUCACCUCAGAUCAAACAAUGAUGACACUGAUUCAUUUGUGAGUUUUAAUAUAAGUGUAGUAUAUUUCCAAUCAAGUGUCUCCACUAGUUUGAUUUGUAACCUACAGUAAAAAUACACAGACAUACAGUACUGUGGGGAAUUUGGAAAUCACUCUCUGGUUUUUGACUUGCUAAUUAUAUUGAAGAUAUGAAGUCUGACGUUGAAUAUAUAUAUAUAUACACACACAAUUUAAUGAUAUAUUCAAUAAAAAAGUUAAACUGA